AUGACGGCCGUGUACAACUAUAAGAAGAGAGAGGAACAAAUCCUUGCUCGGUUUUCAAAAUCGCCCCCUUCUUUCACUGUUCAUCUAUACUCUGGACACUGGACUUUAAGUAAAGAUAACAAUGCACGAACAUUCUUGUAUAAUUCCCCUGCAGUGUCUAUCCUUGAUUCUAUACGAGCGCAUCAAGUACCGGUGGACAUGCUUGAGAUGCUGGACCAAGCAAACGUCCCUUUCUACGAUGGCUGUUUAAUUGUUGAAGAACAUGAUCAUUCAUUGGCGACUGGGGAAGCUACCCCUUCCGAUCCUUCUGUUUCAGAUGCCAAAACAAAACCCAUAACCAGUCCGGCACAAAAAAGGAGGAUAGUACUCUAUCCAAACGGAGAGACAUUAUGGGCAGACAUUAGCAUAUUGAACGCGCGUAAUGGUAAUACCUGGACUGACCAACAAGCCAUUGAAUUCGAGGCCAAGAUUCUUGCUGCCAUAGCUCCUCCACUUUGCUUGGAUCCUGAUCCUAUAGCAAGCAAGAUUGCUUCAGUUGCAAUGAACUCAACAUCACUGCAUUCUCCGAAACGUAAACCGAGCUCAAUGGAAAACGAUAAACGCGACGACACCGCACGUAAAGCGGAACACGACAAGUUCAUGAAUGUAAUGAACCCUCGGGCAACUCGAAUCUUCCACCCAGACUUUCGACAAAUCACAUGGCUCGAGCAGAACCGCCGUGGCGAGCGUCCUUCAACUCCUCCUGGACAGAGUCCUGGCUCUCGGGCGUCUGUGGCUCCUACUCCGACGCCGCCACCUGGUUCAGCUUCUGGUCUUCCCGAGUCAAUCGACGAUAGUUCAAGUCAAAAGAAGAAACUAAAGAAAAAGAGAGAGGGGCCCGAUUCUCCCAUGCAAGUUGAUGCGCCUAGUCCUGGGCUUAACUCAACGAAUAAGUCGCGCAAGAAUAGCAUUAGCCAGAUUCCGCCUCUACAGAUAGGCGGGGGCAAGAAGAAACAGGGCCAGCAGGGCCGGCGCAACACAGCAUCUUCCAUGGAACCAUCGCCUGCUAUCAACGUCUCUUCGUUGCCCCCUCAUACGACGAACGGCCAAGUCUCGGCAAUAGAUUCGCCGCAAUCGAUCCAAGCUUCGCCCAAUCCUGCUUUAGGGAAGAAGGAAGAUAUGCAGCCCACCCUCGGUAUAGGUAUUCCGCCACCUGCCAGCCAUUCGCCUGCGCCUACAGGUCAGCAGACCGUUAGCGGCCCACCGAAAAAACGAAUGAAGACAGAAACCCCCUCUAUUGGUAACGUCCCUUUGCCUGGAGUUGGAUCUCAGCAAGGAACACCACAACAAUCCUAUCUUUCACUUAAUCCUCAUCUGGCAGCUCCUGGUCAGCAACCGAACCCUGCGCAACCUGGGAUUCAUCGUUACUCGGCGUCUCCGGCGCCUACGCCAACAACCGCCAACGGCCAACCGACUCAGCAAUACCCUGGUCAGCUACAACACAGCUAUGGACCUCUAGGCUUGAACAUUGCUAACGGAAUGGUGUUCAACAAUGGUACAGGUGCUCCCGCUUACAAUGCCGUUCCCGGUAUGCAACAAGCGCAAAUGUCGAAUAUACAUACAAAUAUGUUUGCACAAAACCAACAACAAGCGGCAAAUCAGGCUGGUAGCCCUCAUCCUCACCCGCCUUCCCGCCCUGCGUCCCAAGCGAGCAUACCCAUGCGCAAUAGCCCACAUCAACCCCAGCCUAUGGCUCUUGGUGGAAAUGCGGCGCCUAACCUACAAACCCCCCAGCAAGGUGAUCAACAAGGUGUUCGUCCGGCCUCUGGCCCUGGGCAACAGGGAAUGCAGAUGAACCCUGGGAUGCACCAGCCUGGAGGGCAGAUGCAAAUGCCCGUUGAUCAAAUGCUGAUGUUCCGACAGAUGCAACGUAUGGGAUAUCCAGGUGCUCAGAACAUGAUGCAGUAUCCAGGUUUUACGAUGCAGAUGCCCGCCCAGACUUGGCAAAUGGGUCAAAUGCCUAUGGGUGUUGGGCGAGGCCAGCAGUUGCAACAGCAACUCGCCGCCGCUGCGGCUAUGCAACGCCGCGGUGCAAUGCAGGCACCCCCUAAUCCCCAGAGAUGA